GGGCGCGCGCGCGCACUGGGAGCGCGCUCGGAGGCGAGUGGAACUGGAUCGGGUUUGCUGCCAGCGGCGUGAGCUUCGGCCGCCAUUUUACAACAGCUCCACUCGCGCCGGACACAGGGAGCAGCGAGCACGCGUUCGCCGCCAGCCGACCCGGUCGGACAGGAUUCCUCGGCCGCAGCCCCGCGGGAAGAUCUCUGGAAACAUGGCUACAGAACAUGUUAAUGGAAAUGGUACUGAAGAGCCCAUGGAUACUACUUCUGCAGUUAUCCAUUCAGAAAAUUUUCAGACAUUGCUUGAUGCUGGUUUACCACAGAAAGUUGCUGAAAAACUAGAUGAAAUUUACGUUGCAGGGCUAGUUGCACAUAGUGAUUUAGAUGAAAGAGCUAUCGAAGCUUUAAAAGAGUUCAAUGAAGACGGCGCAUUGGCAGUACUUCAGCAAUUUAAAGACAGUGAUCUCUCUCAUGUUCAGAACAAAAGUGCCUUUUUAUGUGGAGUCAUGAAGACUUACAGGCAGAGAGAGAAACAAGGGACCAAAGUAGCAGACUCUAGUAAAGGACCAGAUGAGGCAAAGAUUAAGGCACUCUUGGAAAGAACAGGCUACACACUUGAUGUGACUACCGGACAGAGGAAGUAUGGGGGACCACCUCCAGAUUCCGUUUAUUCAGGUCAGCAGCCUUCUGUUGGCACUGAGAUAUUCGUGGGGAAGAUCCCCAGAGAUCUAUUUGAGGAUGAACUUGUUCCAUUAUUUGAGAAAGCUGGGCCUAUAUGGGAUCUUCGUUUAAUGAUGGAUCCACUCACUGGUCUCAACAGAGGUUAUGCGUUUGUCACUUUUUGUACAAAAGAAGCAGCACAAGAAGCUGUUAAACUGUAUAAUAAUCAUGAAAUUCGUUCCGGAAAGCACAUUGGUGUCUGCAUCUCAGUUGCCAACAAUAGGCUUUUCGUGGGCUCUAUUCCUAAGAGUAAAACCAAGGAACAGAUUCUUGAAGAAUUUAGUAAAGUGACAGAGGGUCUCACAGAUGUCAUUUUAUAUCACCAACCGGAUGAUAAGAAAAAAAAUAGAGGCUUUUGCUUUCUGGAAUAUGAAGAUCACAAAACAGCUGCCCAGGCAAGGCGUAGGUUAAUGAGUGGUAAAGUCAAAGUCUGGGGAAAUGUUGGAACUGUUGAAUGGGCUGAUCCCAUAGAAGAUCCUGAUCCUGAAGUUAUGGCAAAGGUAAAAGUGCUUUUUGUUCGCAACCUUGCCAAUACUGUAACAGAAGAAAUUUUAGAAAAGUCAUUUAGUCAGUUUGGGAAACUGGAACGAGUGAAGAAGCUAAAAGAUUAUGCUUUUAUUCAUUUUGAUGAGCGAGAUGGUGCUGUCAAGGCUAUGGAAGAAAUGAAUGGUAAAGACUUGGAGGGAGAAAAUAUUGAAAUUGUUUUUGCUAAGCCACCAGAUCAGAAGAGAAAAGAAAGGAAAGCUCAGAGGCAAGCAGCAAAGAAUCAAAUGUAUGAUGAUUACUACUAUUAUGGUCCACCUCAUAUGCCCCCCCCAACAAGAGGUCGAGGGCGUGGAGGUAGAGGUGGCUAUGGAUAUCCUCCAGAUUAUUAUGGAUAUGAAGAUUAUUAUGAUUAUUAUGGUUAUGAUUACCAUAACUAUCGUGGUGGAUAUGAAGAUCCAUACUAUGGUUAUGAAGAUUUUCAAGUUGGAGCUAGAGGAAGGGGUGGUAGAGGAGCAAGGGGUGCUGCUCCAUCCAGAGGUCGUGGGGCUGCUCCUCCCCGUGGUAGAGCCGCUUAUUCACAGAGAGGAGGCCCUGGAUCAGCAAGAGGCGUACGUGGUGCGAGAGGAGGUGCCCAACAACAAAGAGGCCGCGGGGUACGUGGUGCAAGGGGUGGCCGCGGUGGAAAUGUAGGAGGAAAGCGCAAAGCUGAUGGGUACAACCAGCCAGAUUCCAAGCGGCGCCAGACCAAUAAUCAGAACUGGGGCUCCCAACCCAUUGCACAGCAACCGCUCCAAGCAGGGAAAAGGGGUCGAGGCCGGUCCUGACCUGUUACAAUGAAGACUGACUUGCUAUGUUGGAUUACACCAGAAGCUUGCAGUGGAGUAAUGGUAAGGAAAAUCAAGCAACCUUAAAUAUCUCGGCUGUAUAGGAGCAUAUUCUAUUGCAGAAGACCUUCCUAUGAAGAUCAUGGAAUCAAAUACGGGACAUUGAACUAAUACUUGGACUUUGAUAUGAAUUUCUUUAACAAUUUUCUCUGCAGUGCAAGUUAUUAAACUAAAGCUACUCUAUUUUCCAAAUGUGUUCCAACAAAAAUCCUUCAUAACUUCUAGCAUGGUAUCUUAAUAAAGAAUAAAGUUCUUCUCUUUAAAAAAUCUGCUCUAAGUAGAUUUUUCCCCUCUUUUUAAUUAAGGAUCUCAGCAGUGGUAUUCUGAAAUAUUCUCUUGAAUUUGUGCAUUUAAACUUUAUUGCAGUGAUAUAGAUGAAUGCCACUGUUGGUACCCUUAAAUUUUAUUUCUGCUCACCAAGGUUAAUCAUGAUUGUCUAUCUUUUUUAUAGUAAUCACUUUUGAAUUGUGUUCAGAUGCAGUUUCAGGUGUAAUCAUCAGAGCUGGUUAGUCAGGCAUUCCAGAUAGUGGUUCUUUUCAGAACCUUUUUUAAAGGGUUGGUUAACUACCUCAGUAGCAGAGGAUUGAACUAUACCCUGUCUGUACUGUACAUAGAAAAAUCUUUGUAGAUAAAAGCAAGGCUUGUUAAAUAUGAUAUGAGGGUAAGAUUUUAAUAAACCAAAUGUAACAUUCUUAGUUGCCUUUAGUUUCAGAGGCUUGUAAGACUUCCUCAUGACCAUCAUAACAGGCCUUGCUUUUGUCGUAUUUUGUGGCUGAAAAAGCAGCCUUGCUUCUUCAGAUAUGUAGUUAUUUGGAUGUAUAAUAGUUUAGCAAGAUGUUACUUUUGUAAGACAUCAGAUGUUCAAAAAAGUGCAUCCGAACUUGUACUAAAUACUGCAGUGUCCCUUUAUAAAAAGUCAGACUAAAACUGACAGUUGUACAGCAAAGCCUGACAUUUGGAUAUUUUGAAGUUUUUUCAUAAAUCAUAGAAAUUAGUAUAUGGCUGUAGUUUAGCUUUUUAGGUAAAAGGUAUGUUUCAUUAGUGCAUUUGUUACUGCUGAUCACUAUAAAAAUGUGAAUCAGCUUUCCAUUUCUUAUGCAGGUCAUGAUAACUUGUAGAGUAGAGUACAAUCAUUUGUGCUAUGUUUUUAAUUUUCUAAAGCACCUUGAUGACAGUGAGUGUUCAGUGGUGAAGCAUCCUCUAUUGAAUCACCCUCAAAAGUUUUUUGCCAAGUCCUAAGUUGAUAGCUUAAAGUCAAAAGUAAAAUUAUAGUUUAAGUAGGACUUGGUGUAAAGAAAUACCUUCCCCUUCCCCAAAGGGAUACUGCAGUUAUAUCACAUAACCAAUAGGCACCACGAUGAAGAUCAGAGCUUAUACCUAAUUAAGGUUUUAUACACACCAGUUUCCCAGUAAAUGCAAAUUUAACAAGAAAAUUAGAUAUGUCAUAUGUUCAAAAUGCUCAUGGCAAACAAUCAUUUUGCAUUCCUGCAAAUAAAAUUGUUUUAUACUGUAA